AUAGUGGGGGGGCAAAAUGGGUGCCCGGACGCCUGGGCCCGCGUCCCGGUGCCUCUCGGUCCCCGUUAUGGGCGCGGUACGGCCGCGCUCCGCCCUCUUUUGUCCCCGCGGGCGCGCCGUAGCUGGAGGCGGCCGCGCGCCGGCCCCGCCCCCUCGCGGCGGCGGCGGCUUCCGGGACGGUUGUCAUGGAGUCGGACGGGACGUACGAGCCGGGCUUCGUGGGGAUCCGCUUCUGCCAGGAGUGGUGAGGGGCACCGGGGCCCCCCGGGGCUUCACGCAACAACAUGCUGUACCCCAAGGAGGACAAGGAGAACCGCAUCCUGCUCUACGCCUGCCGCAACUGCGACUACCAGCAAGAGGCCGACAACAGCUGCAUCUACGUCAACAAGAUCACGCACGAAGUGGACGAGCUGACGCAGAUCAUCGCCGACGUCUCGCAGGACCCCACGCUGCCCCGCACCGAGGACCACCCCUGCCAGAAGUGCGGGCACAAGGAGGCCGUUUUCUUCCAGUCGCACAGCGCCCGAGCCGAGGACGCCAUGCGGCUCUACUACGUGUGCACCGCCCCGCACUGCGGCCACCGCUGGACCGAGUAGCGUUCCCGACGCCCGGAAUGGCGUUCCCGAGCCCGGAAUAUCGGUCCCGACGCCCGGAAUGGCGUUCCCGACACCCGGAUAUCGGUCCCGACGCCCGGAAUAUCGGUCCCGACGCCCGGAUACGGGUCCCGACGCGGAUCCCGGCCCCCGCUCCGUUCCCGCGCGUUCGCGUAUCCAAGAGGAUUAUUUUUGGGAUGAG